AUGGAAAUUGAAAAGGAUCCAUUGGGGUGGGGUAGUUUUGGGCCUAUGGAUGACCCGACUGAAUUUCAAGGCCCAAGCAACUCUAAUAUGAACUUGUCCUUGUUUACACCGUUACAUUCACGAAAUGAACGGGCUCUUUUUGAGUUUGAAGCCUUUACGGUCAUUGAUAUCUCAAGCAACAAUUUUGAAGGAAAGAUUGACGAAUGGAUUGGGAAUCUAAAGGGGCUUCGCUCACUCAAUGUUUCCAACAAUCUUCUUACCUGUGAAAUCCCAUUAUCUUUGGGGAAGUUAGUGCAGCUUGAAUCACUAGACCUUUCAAAUAACAAGCUCUCAGGAGAGAUCCCCCAACCACUGGCGCAGCUGACAUUCCUUGCAGAGCUCACUGUCUCUCACAACAAUCUCACAGGUCGUAUACCGAGUGGAAUACAACUCAGGGGGUUUAAUGUCACUUCUUAUGAGGGAAACACUGAGCUGUGUGGAGAUCCAUUGCCAAAGAAAUGUGGGAACUCUAAUGCCCCGGCUCAAGUGCCACAUUCUGGAAAAGAAGAAAACGGUUCAGGGUCUGAAAUUACAUUUGAUUGGAUUUUUGUGGUGGCCGGAUAUGGAAGUGGUUUGGUGAUAGGAAUUGUACUUGCAGAAGACAUAGCAAUAACAAGGAGACAUGGGAUGUUUCUUGACAUUGUUGGAACUCUGAUCAGACUAAUAGAUUGCAUCACAAUGUGGAAGAGAUCGUUUAGACGUUGA